AAAUUUUCGAAUAUUUUAUUAUGCUGACUUUCUUACAGUCUUUCUACUUCCGGUAUUUUUUCCACAAUCAUGGCGACAGUCAAGGUGAAAGCCAAGGAACUCCGUGGCAAAAGAAAGGAAGAUCUCCAGAAGCAACUCCUUGAAUUAAAAACGGAAUUACAGAGUCUCCGUGUUGCCAAGGUUACUGGUGGAGCUGCCUCAAAACUAGCAAAGAUCCAUGUUGUGCGAAAAUCUAUUGCUAGAGUUUUGACAGUCAUUCACCAGACACAGAAGGAAAACUUGAGGAAAUUCUAUCGUAACAAGCGUUACAUGCCCAAGGACUUGCGUCCUAAAAAGACACGUGCUUUGAGACGCCAGCUUACCCCUCGUGAAAGGUCUCUUAAAACAAAGAAGCAACAAAGAAAGGAACGUCUCUAUCCCAUGAGAAAAUUUGCUGUUAAAGCUUAAAUGUGUCUAAUAAAUUAAGAAAAAAAAGAAUUGUGUUUAAG